CAAGCACAAAAACCACAUUUUUACAAUUUUUCUGUUUCGAGUUUAGGCCCUUUGACGCCCAGUAAUAGUUUUCCAAAAUCGUAUUUCACUGACGGGGUGGAGGAGACAUCCGACGCCGAUCAACUUCUGUGGAGUAUGAGGACACCGUGCCAGAAGGAUAUCGAAGCGACCAGAGAGAUGCUAGGUUUAGUGGCCUCUAAAAAAUACCAGGAUAUGUUCAACGACCAAUGCACGGUCAAGAUUCGGGUGUGGAAGCGGAUAUGUGAGGAACUUAUGUCUAAAGGUUACAGAAUCGCGGAUUCGGUGAAUGAAGGUGGCAUUAAGUGCCACCAGAAAUGGCGCAACCUAGAGAAGUCGUACCGGAACUACUUAAUUAGUUCGACAGAUCCGAAUAGUUCGGCGCCUAAAAAACCACCGCCGUACUUCGAGGCGCUGCACGACAUUCUCAAGCGGAAGAAGAAGUACGCGAACGCAGCCACGUACACGCAAACGGUGGUGGUCGGCGACGACAUGGCCGACGCGGACGCAUCUAGCGUCAGUGGCAUGCAGAAUCAUCAUAUGAACGACUCGGAUGUGGCACUGGACGACAUGGAYGACAUGGACGGCACGAAUGACGACCACUGUUACGUGGUCAACAGUUCUGGUCACGUGUCGAAGCGGUUCAAAGUGGACCCGCUGACGAUGUGCUCGACCACCAGUGGUGGUGGCAACGGCGGCGGAGGUGUCGGUUCGUCAUCGUCGUCCCGCCGGCAUCAUCACAUCCAGCAACCAGACGUGCUGGAACAGAUACUGGAACAGAUGGUCCGCGUGCACCGGGACACGCUGUCCAUGCACGACCGGCACUUUACCAGGAUGGAGAAGCUGAUGAAGGAAAACGCGACACAGACCAAGCGACUGGCCGACGUCAUGAGUCAGUUGUUGCACAAUAGCCGUAUGGACGAUUGUGGCAGUGGCAAAAGCAACGACAAGUCRACCGGUAUGACGUCGUCAGACGUUGAAUGAUAAGAGUCUCAUGUGACUCUUAGUAUAUAUAAAGUGUAUAAUAUUAUUAUAAUAUAUUCGCGAACGACGGACGUGGUGCCGAUGAGGAACACACCUCUAAGCGUCAAGUUCAUAUUUUUUUUAUUUUUUGUGUACUACAGAAUAAUGUACGCAUUUCGACAAUUUUCAUUUAACCCACWUCCCUAACCAUAAAUUUAGGCUCUCAAUUUAUUUCGAGUUGAUAUCAAAUGAUUUAAAUAAUAUGUAAUAUCAAAUAUACAUACGCAUUUAUAUUUAAGACUUAAUAAAGUAGCGUGCCUUUUCCAUGUAUAUUUGUAAAGUAGUGACGUUCAGUGGUUCAUCUUGUUCGGUAUUUUAUUCUCCUCUUGUGUAUAAUUCAUAUUAAUUAUAAGUUAUUUGAAACCAUUGUACUAUUAUGAUAAUAAAACCAUUAUUAUAAUAUA